CUAAACUUUUAUUUUUCUUUAUUUUUCUUUCCUUUCCUAUUAACUUCACCAGGGAGCGUUCCCCAAUUUUUCUUCUUCGCAGACAAACGCACUCUCAGCGGCGAAGAAGCAACGGGAACAUCUAAUUUUCCCUUUUGAAUCAAAUCGGGCUGUGAGAUGAGGAAAACAGGAGGAACCGAGAAGAAGAGGGUCAGAAGGCAAUCAACUGCUGUUCAAAAUGCUGCCAAAGAUCCCAAUUCCGAUACCCCUCCUAGGAUUGACGAGAAACAUCUUAAAUUAGUGUGAUGGUUAUCAGGAAGAUUAUGAGAGUUGAAAGAGAGGAUAAGAAACAAGCUGCAAAGAAGGAUGUGUUUCAGUUGUUUGCUGAGAAAGUGAGAGACCACAAGGAUUUAGAAUCAAGAUGGGCUGUUUUACAAGAAACACGUGUUGAGUAUUUUAGAGGCAAGGAUUUUGUUAGUUUUUUGAGAAAUCAUCCAGAGCUCAAGGAUAUUCUUGAUUCAGAUAAAAAUUUGGAAACUGAAGAUAUUGGUAAUGCAUUGCUAAGUAAGAAUCUCUUAGUUCGGUGUGAUCGUGUGGUGAAAACUGUUCGUCCUGGAAAGAGAAAGUUGUCUACAUGGCCAGCACAUCUGGAGAUAUUCCCGGAUCAGCUGUUCUCUGAACAGGAUGCCUUUUUUGCUUGGACAUUUGUUAAGCGGAGGCCAUUUUGGCAGACACUUCUUUCAUUUUGUUGGCCUGUGUUGACUCUUGCAAUUUGCUUGUUUCCUGUAUAUCCUCAUCAGUGCAAGCUUUUGAUACUUUACUCAUGCGCUGGGGUUCUGCUUCUUAUACUCUCACUUCUUUUAUUGAGGGGAGCAGUAUUUGGUUUAUCGUACAUUCUUCUGGGCAAACGGAUGUGGUUUUUCCCCAAUAUUCUCGCAGAGGAAGCAACUUUGCGAGAACUAUUCCGGUUUUGGCCAAGUAAAGAUGAAGAAGAGAAACCAAAAUGGACAACCAGACUUUUCUAUGCACUGGUGGCUGUACUCAUCAUACUGCUGCUGAGGCACCAUGCUCCCGAUGAGGCUGCUAGAGCAAGAUACCAAAAACGUGUAUCGAAUAUCAUCGAUGAUGUUCUCGAAUGGUCACCAAGACUUGCCCUUUCUGGGAUGAUGGAGAAGCAGCAAACUGUGGUCAAUGCCACAAAUUCGGACCCCAACACGGCGGAGAACCCAACUAGUGACAGUACAGGUCCAGAUUCUAUCCCUGACCAACCUGAGCCCGAAAUUAUCGACAAUGUAGAGCAUUCUGAUCAAUAUAAUCAUGAUGGUGAUCAUACACAUCAGUAGGUCUGUUGAAUCUUUUGAGGAAGAGAAGAACUAUGAUAAACAUGUUCCUAUAUGAGCUUUGUUUUAUUAUUAUUAUUAUUAUUUUUUGUUUAAAAACAGUUGGUUUUUGUUACUUAUAACCUUUUUUAGGAGUCACAUAAGUUGGUUUAUAUCUAAACUAAAGUGAGCUUUUUUUACUAAAUUCUUCCUAAUUUACACCACAAGUCAUCUGAGUUGUGACAUGUACAUGUAAAACUUUUCUUUGAAAUGCUUCCAAUCAAUCUGUACUUUUUUGUGGCAAA